CUCUCACAGACUACCGCUGAGUCCAUUGGGUAAUCGGGUACUCGACACUCUGCUCAGAUAACCACAUAUAUAAACGCCCUUGCAUCAUCCAUCAUGACCGCAUCCGACGAUACUAUGACCAAGCCCAUUGCAACCCCUCCCAACGGCACGAGCGAGGCGCCCGCUCCGCAGCUCGCUCCGACGCCGGCCAACGAGCGCGCACAGGCGUGGUUUGCGGCGCUCGACGCCGCCCUCCGUGCCAAGGACAUCCCCGGCGCUGCGUCCCUCUUCGCCGCCGACUCGUACUGGCGCGACCUCGUCUCGUUCUCGUGGAACCUCACAACGGUCGAGGGCCCUGCGGGCGUCACCGAUCUGCUGGAGCACUCGCUGGAGCGCACUGCGCCUGCGGGGUGGCAGCUGACGGAGGACGCGAGCGAAUCCGAUGGCGUGACGACCGCGUGGUUCCGCUUCGAGACCGCCACGGGGCGCGGGUGGGGACUUGCGAGGCUGCGCGACGAGGGUGGCACGACGAAGUGCUGGACCCUCAUUACCGCGCUCACUGAGCUCAAGGGCCACGAGGAGGCGCGCGGCGCCCGCCGUCCCAAAGGUGCCGAACACGGGAUCAUCAAGAACCGCGUGACGUGGAAGGAGAAGCGCGAGGCCGAACAGCAGCGCCUCGGUGUCGAGGACCAGCCUUACGUUCUUGUCAUCGGCGGUGGGCAGGGCGGUAUUGCGCUCGGCGCUCGUCUCCGCCAGCUUGGCGUGCCUUCCAUUGUCAUCGACAAGGCUAACCGCCCGGGCGCGCAGUGGCGCGGCCGGUACAAGUCGCUCUGCUUGCACGACCCCGUGUGGUACGACCACCUCCCGUACCUCAAGUUCCCGGACAACUGGCCCGUCUUCACGCCCAAGGACAAGAUCGCUGACUGGCUCGAAAUGUACACGUCCAUCAUGGAGGUGCCGUACUGGACGUCGACGGAAGCCAAAAAGGCCACGUACAACAAGAGCAAGCAGGAGUGGGAGGUGCAGGUCAUCCGCGACGGCAAACCGCUCACCCUGCGCCCCACUCACCUCGUGCUCGCGACCGGCAUGUCCGGCAAGAUGAACUACCCCAAGUUCCCGGGGCAGGACAUCUUCAAGGGCGAGCAGCAGCACUCGUCACAGCACCCAGGUCCCGACGCGUACAAGGGCAAGAACGUGGUCGUGGUCGGCUCGAACAAUUCGGCCUUUGACAUCUGUGGUGCUCUGUACGAGGGCGACGUCGGCUCCGUGACCAUGAUCCAGCGCUCGUCGACCCACAUUGUCCGCUCCGAGACGCUCAUGGAUAUUGCCCUCCGCCCCCUGUACUCGGAGGAGGCCGUCGCGAACGGCGUCACCACCGAGAAGGCCGACCUCAUCUUCGCCUCUAUGCCCUACCGCAUCAUGCACGAGUUCCAGAUCCCAACAUACCAAAAGAUCGCAGAGCACGACGCGGCCUACUACAAGAAACUGGCCGACGCAGGCUUCCUCCUCGACUUUGGCGAGGACGGCUCGGGCCUCUUCAUGAAGUACCUCCGCCGCGGGUCGGGCUACUACAUCGACGUGGGCGCGGCCGAGCUCGUCGCGGACGGCAAGGUCAAGCUCGCACACGGCAACGUCGACCGCCUCACUGAGACGUCGGUGAUUCUCAAGGACGGCACUGAGCUCCCCGCUGACCUUGUCGUGUAUGCGACUGGGUACGGCUCGAUGAACGGGUGGGCGGCUGACCUCAUCUCGCAGGAGGUCGCCGACAAGGUCGGCAAGGUGUGGGGACUGGGUUCCAACACCAUCCGCGACCCCGGACCCUGGGAGGGCGAGCAGCGCAACAUGUGGAAGCCGACCCAGCAGGAGAACCUCUGGUUCCACGGCGGCAACCUGCAUCAGUCGCGCCACUACUCUCUGUACACCGCCCUCCAGCUCAAGGCCCGCUACGAGGGUAUUGAGACGCCUGUGUACCGCCUCCAGGAGGUGCACCACCGGUCGUAGAAGGAUAGAAGACGUCAGCAGUUGCAUCGUAAAAGGCAGUAGCCAUGGUUGUCAUGUAUAUGAGUUGAGCAUUGG